AUGAUGAGCACCAGAAAAUAUGGCGUCACUGAUCCUAUUUCCACAGCGAAUCCUACUGUGAAAGAAAAUGCAUUGAAUGAUUCUCUUAUUCAGGAAUUGAAAAACAGGGGAUCAUUCGAAAGCGAACAGGCAACGAAGAAAAGAGUUGAGGUGUUGACACUUUUCCAAAAGCUUGUGCAGGAAUUUGUUUACACUGUAUCAAAGAGUAAAAAUAUGUCAGAUGGUAUGGCGAAAGAUUCAGGAGGAAAGGUUUUUACAUUUGGUUCCUAUAGAUUGGGUGUCUAUGGUCCAGGAUCUGAUAUUGAUACAUUGGUUGUGGUUCCAAAGCAUGUUACUAGAGAUGAUUUCUUUCUGGUAUUUCCUGAUAUUAUUCGAAAAAGGCCAGAAUUAGAAGAAAUUGCAUGUGUUCCAGAUGCGUUUGUUCCAAUUAUAAAACUAGAAUUUGAUGGUAUAUCUAUUGAUUUAAUCAUGGCUAGAUUGAACGUUCCUAGGGUUCCAUUGGAAAUGACAUUAGAUGAUAAAAAUUUGCUAAAGAACUUAGAUGAAAAAGAUUUAAGAUCCUUGAACGGUACAAGAGUGACAGAUGAAAUAUUGCAGUUGGUUCCAAAACCUACUGUGUUCAAACAUGCUUUACGUUGCAUAAAAUUAUGGGCACAACAAAGAGCAGUAUAUGGUAACGUUUAUGGAUUCCCAGGUGGUGUUGCCUGGGCAAUGUUGGUUGCUAGGAUUUGUCAAUUAUACCCAAAUGCAGUGAGUGCUGUCAUUGUUGAGAAGUUCUUCAGCAUUUACACCAAAUGGAAUUGGCCAGAACCUGUUUUAUUGAAACUGAUCGAGGAUGGACCCCUUCAAGUACGUGUUUGGAACCCUAGAUUGUAUCCUCAUGAUAGACUCCACCGUAUGCCUGUUAUCACUCCUGCUUAUCCUUCAAUGUGUGCAACUCAUAACAUUACCAGCUCCACUCAAAAAGUCAUUUUGAAAGAACUUUCUCGUGGAUCUUCUAUAAUGAAUGAUAUAAAUACUGGAAAUAAAACAUGGUCUGAUUUAUUUAAAAGACAUGAAUAUUUCCACGCGUACAAAUUUUAUCUUUGUGUUGUUGCAGCAACAGUUGAUACAUCAGAACAGCAUAAAAAAUGGUCAGGAUUUGUCGAAAGUAGACUAAGACAAUUAGUUUUGAAAUUAGAAGUCACUGAUGGAAUAGAAUUCGCUCACCCGUAUGUUAAGGACUUUUCAGCGGCAUAUGUCCUAGAUGACAAUGAUCCACAAGACAUCAUUAAUAGCUACGGAACAUUAAAUGGUGACAAGCACUUAGAGAAAUUGAAGGUUACUGAGUCUGGGGAAGAAAAUGCUGAAGUUAAGAAUAUCCGUUUAACUCGGUUUUACAUUGCAUUAGAACUUAAUGUGUCGAAGUCUUCGGAUGGAGCAAGAAAACUUGAUUUGCAGUAUCCUUGUACUGAGUUCUACAAUUUAUGCAAAGGAUCAGCUUUAUAUGAUGAGAAUUCCAAUUUUAUCCAGAUUAAGAAUGUAAAAUUGCUUGAUUUGCCAAACGAUGUUUAUGUAGAAGGGGAGGAACGACCAAAGAAAACUAGCAAGAAGAGAAAGAAGAAUGUGAAAGAAGACCGUCAGAAAAGAGUGAGGAAUGAAAUACCAUCGCCUGUCUCAGUAAAUGGAACUGAAUAG